AUGUUGAGUUUCAAAGAGGGUCUGCAGUUCGUGUCCUCAGAGAACCAAGGGCUCCCUCAUGGCCCGCCCCCAAAAGAAGACGGCGACAAUAACAAUAACAACAACGACGACGACAGCGAGGACUAUGCGCAUGACAAUUACCUUUCGCACCUUAUCAGCCGGCAACAGCACAGGGAGCGCGUAUUAAUCGGCGAGCUCGAAGCUGUCAAGCGAGAGAACAAACUGAUACAGAGCAUCCGCUCGCUGCGCCGAGAACGCGAUACGCUGCUGGAGAAGGAGCGGGCCUGGCAACAGGAGCGCCUCACUCUCACAAACAAAUUACGAAAAUUCCGGCCUGAGACAAGUCUGCCGGUUGGUGGUAAGGACGCUGCUGAGGCUGCGCCGGUUACUUCACUUCUCGAGCCUGAGCAAGCGGUCUCAGCCCCGAGCGACAUCCAGGAGGGAGUAUACAAGCCCGCACAGCCAAAGUUGAACUAUGUGGAUUGGCCGAUUUUUAAAUCCCUGCGGAAAAGGUCCGAGGGUGAUUCAUUCGCCAUCGAUGUUCUUCAGGGCGAACCGGAUGAUGAACCAAUAAUUGCGGUACACCUGAGCCAACCUUUGGUCCCAGAACGCAUUCGCAUCAACUCCCGGCAUAUCAUCAGGAUCCUAGACCACAUAAGUGGCGAAGCACUAUCAGCAUAUGGGGGCUCCGUUGUCAUGACACGGCCAUUCAAAUUUCUGGCCUACUACAAGGAGGCCAUCCAGCAGAAGUUCAGCGAGCUCAAACAUAGAUUCGAAAGCGACAACACGAGCGUCACCCAACAACUCGCAAGUGAUGCAAAUGCGGAAACUGGUUUCGUCGACAGCAACGGGGACGAAUUCACAGAGUCUCUUGUUGCCUACGAACAGCUGAGAUGCUUAAUCGCUUUCAUGGACGCAGAAGUACGGCUAAAAGUGCACCAUCACAGUUGGGGAGGCGGGAAGGCGGUUGCUUUCGCUGACAUGUGGUACCUGUUUAAGCCCGGUGACGAGGUCACCAGCCGGGACUGCCGGCAGGUAUACCGGGUGGUCGGUACGAGCAGUCCCGGCCACCCUGUGCUCCCAUCAUGGAACGGGAAUGACAUCGAGACUAAUGACAAGAUGGUCAAAACCGCCAUUACAUUGCGCUGCGUGUACAUCGACUUUGACGGCAACCAGCUCGGACCCGUGAGCCAAGUCUUCCAAAUCACCCCCUUCGACGGGACACGCGCGAUCACAUCGCUUGAAGUGUUCCCGAUUCGAUACGCCGAUCACAUUGACCACCAAGAACUCAUCACACGUGGCCGCAGGUUCCUCCACGCACUCAACGCCAAAUAUAUGUACUACACUGGCCGGACGAUAGAACCACAAGAAACUGUACACAGUCAUGUUGUUGUCGACUUCGAGGCAGCGCUAGCCCGGGACCACGGGGGGGUUGAUGGUGGGUGGCAGCCUAAGAUUCAGUCCAUCCUUGGCCACACGACGCUGCCCAAGAUUGCCGACCGGGUAUGCCGUGGCGCCUGCUGCCUUGGCGAGAAUGUCUACAGAGACAAUGAUUUCGACGCGAAGCGUAACCAGGAGUACAUCGCUAGAAUGGUGUCGGAGGACGUCACUGUCAGCCAGCCCCCCUCGCUCAUCCUUCAUCCAAAGCCCCUUCACGUUCUGCAGUCGGAAAGCGGCCCCGCCGACAGUGAACUAGUAGUCACCACCUACCGUGUCCUUGGUUUCAUUCUCAAGAGCCGGAGAUGGGGUACGAUAUAUCCUCUACGGAUAUUAUUCGAGGCACAGGCGUGGGAAAGACCACCACCGUUGAGGCGGCAGCCCAUGAAUUUAAGAAGCCUUUAA